AUGAAGGAGAGUGAUUAUGAUUACUAUGUACAUUGGGAGAAGUUCGAUAGACGUUUAGACUGUUGGCUUGCAUAUAAAAAUCUACGUCUUCUGGAUGAAGAGCCAAAUGAUGGAUACCCAUGUAUUAGAGAAAUAGAUAAUGGAGAAUCAGAUCAUGAUGACCAUGCAGGAAUUGACAAAGAAUAUCUGAGAGAACAUGAAGAAAAUACAAAAUUGAAAACAAUUAAUCAAAUAAAAUUUGGGAAAUAUUUAAUAGAUACAUGGUAUUUUUCUCCAUACCCAAAAGAGUAUCAAAAUAUAGACAUUCUAUACAUAUGUGAAUUUUGUUUGUCUUUUUUUAAAGAGAAUGAAGAACUACUACGACAUACAGAAAAAUGCGAAAUUAGACAUCCACCUGGAAAUGAAAUAUAUCGAUGUGAUAAUAUAUCUAUUUUUGAAAUUGAUGGAAAUUAUUUCCGAAUUUAUUGUGAAAAUUUAUGCUUCCUUUCUAAGCUCUUUUUAGAUCAUAAAACGUUAAAACAUCGAGUCAAUUUAUUUUAUUUUAU